AUGAGCCGCCGAUCACCCCGCGCAGCGCCGCGCAACUUUCCCCUCUCCAACAUGCCGCUGCCCGUCGUAGCGAGCCCCACCCGCACAUUCCGCACAUCACGCCUCAAGGCCCUCUUCGGUGUCGGCGUGAUCGCUGUCAUCACUCUUCUGCUGUACGCGUUCCAUGGGCAUCCAGCGGUCCGCGCAGCAACAGAACUCGCAGCCAAGGUAGCCGAGGACUUACAACUGCCACAGGAGAAUGUGAAGCCUCUCGACGUGUGGCGCGAAUGGGACGAGCCAGAUUUCGCACUCCUCUCCAGCCGCCCACCGCAUCAGAUUGGGUGCGAUGUGCCGCUCGAUGGGGAGAAUGCUGGGACACUCGUGUUCCUUGGCAUCUUCUCGAGUGCUCCUGCGAGGGAACGACGCGAUUUAUUGCGGCGCCUCGUGAUCCCAGACUUCCCGUCCGAUCUCUUCAACAUCAAAUUCAUUCUCGGACAGCAGGCGCCGACCGAAGGGCUUCAACCUGCAGAGCGCAUCGCCAAAGCAAAAUUUGCCAAGGACGUCGAGGAAGAAAUGGCCGAGUUUGGGGACAUGAUCAUCCUCGAUAUUGUUGACAACAUCGACGACGGAAAAACGCACGCGUACUUCAAGUGGAUCGCGGCCAAGUUUGCCGGUGCAGGUCAGGUCAAGGGCAGGCCACGGUUCGUGAUGAAGGCCGACGACGACACGCUCCUCAUCAUGCCCAACGUUGUGUCGAGCUUUAUUGAUCUCGACUGCAGCCGCAACUACUACUGGGGCACGUCGCAAGGGUCCGCCUCCUCCUUCGGCUACUACUUCCGCGGACUGGCCUAUGCGUUGUCGUGGCCAGUGGCCAGCUGGCUUGGGAAUGCGGACAUCACCCUUGCGCAUGCCUCCAGGACCGAGGACGCGAGGACAGGACAGUGGCUGUCGACGCUCGACGAUACGACGGACCCCUUGAUCCCGUUAGACUAUGGCUGGAACAUGGGCGACUGGAACCAGCUGUUCGUGACAGUAGACACGGUUGCGUUGCACUGGCUCAAACAGGACGAGUGGUUUGAGGAGCAGACUGAGAGGAUGCACAACGUCUGGAAGGAGGCGGGACGACCGUAUGAGGCGAGCAACGGCAUUGCGCGGCACAUUAGUAUCGAGGGCGGUAAGAAGAAGCCGGACCCGGUGGCUGUGGAGAAUCAGAGGGAAAGGGACAACGUCAUGGUCGCGCGGUGA